AUGUUGGGUCAGCUCAUCAAACAGGAACCGUCACUAUCGCUAAGAGCGGAUAGACAGGAAAGUUUGGAUCUUUUCGAAGAAGUUCUCGGUGAUUCGGUAAAUGAUUACAAGGUAGAAGAAUUUUCUACCACCCUAUCACGGCAAUCCACUUCAGUCGUUAGCGACCUUGGUGUGGUUGGACGGAACAACGCCAGUGUGACUGAUUCCGCCAGCGAACACAACCCCACAUCCAGUUGCGUAGAACUGAACGAGCCGAGUCAGGCGUGCGAUCUCAAUUAUGAAGGACCAGGAGAUACCAGAGACACAGCCUCCGUUAGUAGUGUUAAAAUUCCUCGCAAAUCCAGUUGUCUGGAAAUAGCGGAGGAUGAUGUUCUAGAAAUUAAAACCACAAUUAAAAUAAAGCGAAAGAGAACUUCUGAGCGCGAUAUAACCGAAGAAGCGACAUGUAAACGUCAUCUCGAAAACGAUGGAGAAAGUGAGCCAAGUAUUAGUAGUAGUAAUCGUGCCUGCAAACGUACGAUUUCGUCCUCCUCGUCCUCCUCCGCUUCGUCGGCCGGCUUCGACUCCUUCUGUGUUUCUUUGGCUGUAGGACCGCUGUGGUGGUCCGAUGUCCCAACAAUCAGAACCAAUCACGAUAGGGCGUCUCCCUUAAAAGAAUUCAAUCGCAAAACAUCAAUCGAUUCGACCACCACCGCUUCUUCUGAAUACACUGAUCUUGAUUGCACCGAAUCAACCGUGGACUUCAUGAACCAACAUGAAGCUGCCGUCAUCCAGGAGGUUCUAACGCAACCAACACCAACCCAAAUUACUUUGAAACUUUAUGUAACAGCGCAGAAACAUAGCACUUGGGAGACGAUCUUCAAUCCUUUGGACAACAUGCUAUACGUGAACCUUCCUUCAGCCAUGUCGCACGAAGCCUCGAAGCACUCGUUCAUUUCACUUCUGGAGUUUGCCGAAGAAAAACUCGAAUGCGAUGGAGUUGUGCUGUGCAUACGCAAGGAUCGCCUCGAUCGUCCCAAUCUGGUGCGUACGUUUUCAUUUGUCGGGUUUCAGUUGGUCAGCCCCAAGUCUCCGUUGACUCCACCACACAUUGAAGAGCAACAAAUGAAUGAAUAUCUCUUUAUGGUUUACAACAUCGAGGAGUAGAAUACAACUAUAGAACCAUUAUUCAGAACAAGCCGAGUGGGUGCGUUUCUAACAAAAUUAAAUCUCCGGUAUCGUCAUUUGAUUGUCAUCCAUCAACAGCCAUUUAGAAGUCGAGAAAUUACUUAUCUCUGCCCUCACUUCUGCAAAACAAAUGUUCAAUACCAUUAGAGAAAGGACUCGUAGUGCCUGCUGAGCUUCGUCUAGUGGCAAGCCGUUGCAUCCCAAAUCCGCAUGCUCGACGGGUCCGUUUUGAUAAAACCGCAUUUUUUAUAACGGAAAAUAAUGACCGCAUAGACAUCAGCAUCAUAUAAAGUUGAAAACAUCUUUUCGAAAAAUAAUACAAUACCUAACUAACAGUAUGUACUAACGUAUAAGAGUAAAACAUAAUAACCCUAAUUAUCAUGGUCGAACACAUGCGAUUUGUAAUUGUUUUAAGUGAAAUGCUUCUACCAUUAAUGAAAAAAUUAAAAAAACAAUCAAAAAAAAAUUUAAAAAAUUAAAAAUCUUUUUAUAAUUGUUUUCUACAGAAAAGACCCAAAAAAAUGUACAAAAUUAUUAAAUAUCAAGGCCUAUUACAUUGAUUUAGUUAAGUGAAAAAUGAUAUACUAUAACAUGUUAAAGCAGGAACGCAUAGAUUCGUGAACAAUGAGUGAUGUCAAACAUAAUGCAUCUGCGAGAAUGUAAUUGAUGCAGGUAUGGAAACACUUAAGAUGAAACACAAUCCCACAACAAAUCGCGUGGAGUAACCCCGUUUAUCAUUUAUUAACUGUAAUUCUUUAAUUUUGUACUGUAAAUUUCAAACAUAAGAAGAAACUAGCAACGUGGCAUAGUAAUUGAGUGUUAUGUUCAGUAAGCUUGUCGGUUUUCCCGAAUUUAUUUAACAUAUUUAGAAUGGGAUUAGAUUUUUUGAUAAUAUUUUUAUUUGGGAAAUGGUCGACAAUGAAAGAAGAGUUUGAAUUCACUAUGGAUACAAGUUGUGUUUAUUAAAUAGUCUUAUUUUAUCACUUUUUGUAACUAUCCCACACAAAAAAGUAAAAGGUUCGUUAUUUUAUUGCGCCAAUGUCACUCCUGGAGUGAAACCACGACCCAGGUUGGCAAGGUUUCGACGAGUCAGAGAACAUUUACUAACAUAGCGUAGUAACGAUAAAUGUGCAUACUUUUACGUAUUCUAUUAAAACCCAUUUAUCAGUGUUUAUUCAAAUUACUAGAAGAAAUAAAGAAUUUACCUUUUUAAUUUCGUUCACGGAUCUUAAUAA